AUGGGGGAGGCGCGGCCAGGUGCUGAUGAGCUGAGGCUGGAAAAUGGAGGCAGCCCCUGUGCUGGGAGAGUGGAGGUUAAACACCAGGAUCAGUGGGGGACGGUGUGUGAUUUUGACUGGGACAUGGAAGAUGCUGAGGUGGUUUGGCACACAGGGCUCCGGCUGGUAAACGGCAGCACAACAUGCUCAGGGAGGGUGGAGAUCCAGGUUCUUGGUGCCUGGGGAACCCUCUGUGAUUCACAAUGGGAUUUACCAGAUGCCAACGUUCUCUGUCAUCAGCUCGACUGUGGAUUCGCUGUAUCGGCCCCAGGAGGAGGGUAUUUUGGGAGGGGAACUGCCUCUGUCCGGACUGACACAUUUCACUGUAAAGGAACAGAACCUCAUUUGGGGUAUUGUCCUGUUACUGCCCUGGGGGCCUCUCAGUGCUCCCAUGACAAUGAUGCCAGUGUGGUUUGCUCAGGAAAUGAGACUCGUCUGACUCUCUGUGACAACUCCACGUCUGAGACAGCCCAGGCAGGAAUUGCUGAAGACGUUGGUGUCGUUUGUUCAGGGAGCAGGCAGAUCAGACUGGUGAAUGGGACAGGUCACUGUGCCGGGAGAGUGGAGAUUUAUUACCAUGGCAGCUGGGGGACAGUCUGUGAUGAUUCCUGGGAUCUGUCAGACUCCAGUGUCGUUUGCAAACAAAUGGGAUGUGGACACGCCAUCAAUGCAACUGUCUCUGCUCAUUAUGGGCAAGGAUCUGGGCAGAUCUGGCUGGAUGAUGUGAACUGCUCUGGGAAUGAAUCCGAUCUCUGGUCGUGUCCUUCCAAGGGCUGGGGCCAGCACAACUGCAGACACAAAGAGGACGCCGGAGUUCUCUGCUCAGAAUUCACAGAUCUGAGGCUGGUGAGCAACAGAGACUGCGCUGGGCGUCUGGAGAUUUUCUACAAUGGGACGUGGGGCAGUGUUUGCUCCAAUCAGAUGUCUGAAGUCACCCCAGCAAUUGUCUGCAAACAGCUGAACUGUGGGGAUGGAGGGCAGAUUGCAAGAGACUUUGAAUAUGGAGCAGGUUCUGGUCCCACGUGGCUGGACCACGUUGCAUGCAGUGAGCAGCACAGCUCCAUCUGGCAGUGCCCAUCAAAGCCCUGGGAUCCAACGUCAUGUAAUAACCGAGCAGAAGAGACCCAUAUUUUUUGCACUGGUGCUGAUGAGCUGAGGCUGGUGGAUGGAGGCAGCCCCUGUGCCGGGAGAGUGGAGGUUAAACACCAGGAUCAGUGGGGGACGGUGUGUAGUGAUCGCUGGGACAUGGCAGAUGCUGAGGUUGUUUGUAAGCAGUUGGGUUGUGGAGCUGCUGUCAGUGCCCCUGUCGAAGCUCAUUUCGGAGCAGGAUCUGGACCAAUUUGGCUGGAUGAAGUUGCCUGUGAUGGUACCGAGUCUGCUCUCUGGCACUGCAGGAACGAGGGAUGGGAAGUGCAUAACUGCGGUCAUGGAGAGGAUGCCGGAGUGACCUGUUCAGGACACAUUAAGCCCCGGCUGGUUGGAGGAGACAGUGCCUGCUCAGGACGUGUGGAAAUAAAACAUGGAAACACAUGGGCCACAGUCUGUGAUCCAGACUUUGAUCUCAAAGUUGCCAAUGUUAUCUGUAAUGAACUACAGUGUGGAAUAGCUGUAUCUGUCCCAGGAGGAGGUCACUUUGGAGAAGGACAAGGAUUGAUCUUGACUGAAGAAUUCCAGUGUGUGGGGAAUGAGUCUCUCCUUGUCUACUGUCCCAGGAUAUCACACGUGAAUCAGGGAUGCUCACACACAAAUGAUGCUGGUGUCAUAUGCUCACGUUUCCGGCUCGUGAACGGCAGCACAGAGUGCUCAGGGAGGGUGGAGAUCCAGGUUCUUGGUGCCUGGGCAACCCUCUGUGACUCACGCUGGGAUUUACCAGAUGCCAACGUUCUCUGUCAUCAGCUCGACUGCGGGUUUGCUCUGGGAUCUAUCCCUGCAGGGAGCAGGAGGAUCAGACUUGUGAAUGGGGGAGGUCGCUGUGCCGGGAGAGUGGAGAUUUAUUACAAUGGCAGCUGGGGGACAGUCUGUGAUGAUUCCUGGGAUCUAUCAGACUCCAAUGUCGUUUGCAAACAACUGGGAUGUGGACACGCCAUCAAUGCAACUGUCUCUGCUCAUUAUGGGCAAGGAUCCGGGCAGAUCUGGCUGGAUGAUGUGAACUGCUCUGGGAAUGAAUCCGAUCUCUGGUCGUGUCCUUCCAGAGGCUGGGGCCAGCACAACUGCAGACACAAAGAGGACGCCGGAGUUCUCUGCUCAGAAUUCACAGAUCUGAGGCUGGUGAGCGACAGUGACUGUGCUGGGCGGCUGGAGGUUUUCUACAAUGGGACGUGGGGCAGUGUUUGCUCCAAUCAUAUGUCUGGAGUCACCGUAGCAAUUGUCUGCAAACAGCUGAACUGUGGGGAUGGAGGGCAGUUUGCAAGAGACUUUGCAUAUGGAGCAGGUUCUGGUCCCACGUGGCUGGACCACAUUGCAUGCAGUGAGCAGCACAGCUCCCUCUGGCAGUGCCCGUCAGAGCCCUGGGAUCCAAAGUCAUGUGAUAACCGAGCAGAAGAGACCCAUAUUUCUUGCACUGGAAUAAAAGCAAAACCAACUCAGACCCUGUUUGCUGAAUGCCCGAACUCUCCAAGCUGCACAGACCAGAAGUUACGUGUCGUGGGAGGAGAGGACAGAUGCUCGGGGAAAGUGGAGGUUUGGUAUCAUGGCUCCUGGGGAACAGUUUGUGAUGACUCCUGGGACAUGGCGGAUGCUAACGUUGUGUGUAAACAACUGGGCUGUGGAUCUGCUGUAUCUGCCCCGGGCGAGGCUGCAUUCGGCGAGGGGACUGGUCCCAUUUGGGUGGAGAAAUUGAAUUGCCGAGGGACAGAGUCAUCUCUCUGGGACUGUCCUGCCAAGCCCUGGGGUGAGAGCAACUGUGGUCAUAAGGAAGAUGCUGCCGUGAUUUGCUCAGGUCUGACAGAGAGGACAGAUUCUCUGAAUACCCCAGUGUGACCCUCUGU